AUGUAUCGUGAAAUUGUUUAUGGUUUGAAUUUGGGGAAUGGUGGGGCUGUUAGUGGAUCUCUUUUGAAUGAUGCAUCAUGUAUGGGGCUGAUCACAUAUGGAUUGUGGCAGGUUGUUUUUUUUUACUCAGACACAAUUGGCUCUGUGGGAUGGUUCUUGAAACACAAUAAAGCACUUUUUCCUCCGCUUGUUGAAUUCAAAUUUCCAAAGCUUUUCACUUCAUCUUUAAUUGCCCAUUUGGAUGAACCACAACAUCAGUUGAAAAUCAGUCAAAAGAUUGAAGUGGAGACUAUUUAUAGAAACUUUAUGUGGUGCGGUAAAGAGGGGAAUUCAAAUAAGGCACUGGUUGCGUGGGAUUCAGUUUGUAACCCAAAGAUUACAGGAGGGUUAGAUGUCAUAUCUCUUAGGGAGUGGAAUAUUUCCACCAUGGGGAAGCUGUUCUGGAAUAUUCAAUCCAAAUCUGACAAAUUGUGGGUUAAAUGGAUUAAUAUGUAUUAUAUGAAAAACCAAACUGCUAUGGAUCGGAAUCAGCACAGGGGGUCGUGGAUUCCAUCUAGCAUAAUCAAAAUUCAUGAUAUUAUACACGGAACAUCUUUCAAUGAAAGAUCGACUGUUGCGGUUUGGAAUACAGGACUAUGCCUCAUGAUCAUUGCGUGGAAUGUUCGGGGGUUCAAUAAUGCUGGCAAGCUUCGUGAGGUUAGCUCCCGCCUCAGAACUAUGCGACCUAUGAUUACUAUUUUGCUUGAAACUAGAGUAAAGGAAAAUAAGGCCAAUGACAUCAAGCAGAAUCUUCACUUGGGAGGUAUGUUUGUUGACAAUUAUGCCAAUCAUUCUAAUGGUAGAAUCUGGAUCAAUUGGAAUAACAAUAGGAUUGAUGUUCAUGUUAUCAAAAGCUCUAGUCAAAUGAUUCACUGUGGACUGUUUGAUUUAGCUGGUAAUUUCUUAUCGUGGCUCACUGCUAUAUAUGCUGCUAAUGACAUUAAUCAGAGAAGGAUUUUGUGGAGAGAUAUUGAGGGUAUCCAUAAUAGCCAACAAGGCUCUUGGAUGUUAAUUGGAGAUUUUAAUAAUGUCACACGAGUCCAAGAUCGGAUUGGUGGUAAAAGAGUUACUCAGGCAGAAGUACAAGACUUACUUAGCAUGAUGGAGGUAACUGACUUGUGUGAGAUGGAUGGUAUUGGUGCACCCUUCACAUGGUCGAAUAAGCAGAUGGAGACCACUAUUUACUCAAAGAUAGACAAAGUGCUUGCAAACACUAGUUGGUUCCAGCAGCAUUUAGAUACCACGCUGCAUAUUUUACAUCCAGGGACCCAUGUACAUUGUAUUGGAGAAACUAAAGAGGCUACAGAAGGAAAUGAGAAACAUGUGCAAACCCCUAAAUACUUUGAGUCUAUUACUCGAGCUAGAGAUAGAUUGGAUGAGGCUCAUCACCACCUUGAGCAAGAUCUUAUGAAUAGAGACAGAAUUCACAAAGUCCAAGUCUACACUACCGAGCUCCUUACCUUGACUGAACUUGAAGAGAAAGUGCUUAAACAGAAAUCAAAGAUUGACUGGCUUAAGUUGGGUGAUGGGAAUAAUUCUUAUUUCCAUGCAUCCUUAAAGUCUAAACAAGCAGCCAAGGGUAUGCAAAUUCUAUAUAAAGAGGAUGACACAUUAUUAACCACCCAAGAGGAGAUUGAACAUGCUGUUGUAUCAUAUUAUGAGAGCUUGAUGGGGACUGCUACUAGGAACAUCUCACAUGUGGAUAUAUCUGUGAUGAGAAAUGGACCUCAAUUGACAAUGGAGCAAAGGCAAAGCCUGGAAUUACCAAUCAGUGAGCAGGAAAUUGAGACAGCACUUAAGGGGAUAGGGGACUCCAAAGCUCCAGGGAUUGAUGGAUUUGGAGCUAAGUUCUUCAAGGCAAGUUGGCAAACUGUAAAACAUGAUGUGAUGGGGGAUGUAAGGGAUUUCUUUGAAAAUGAGAGAAUGUAUAAAGCUGUUAAUUGCAUUGUGGUGACUUUAAUUCCUAAGAGUGAUGCAUCAAGAACUAUUAAAGACUACAUACCAAUAGCAGGGUGCACUACUCUCUAUAAGAUCAUCUCCAGGAUUAUCACUGCAAGGUUGGCUAGAGUUAUUGGCAGUGUGAUUAAUCAUAGCCAAGCUGCCUUUAUUCCAAGGCAGCAGAUACACAAUCACAUAUUGCUUACAUAUGAGCUGCUGAGAGGAUAUGCUAGGAAGGGUGGGACUCCAAAUUGUAUGCUACAGCUAGAUUUGCAAAAAGCUUACGACAUGGUUGAUUGGAAUGCUCUUGAGAUCAUUAUGAAGGAAAUUGGCUUACCUAUGCAGUUUGUAAGAUGGAUCAUGCUUACAGUCCAGACUGUGUCGUAUAGGUUCAAUGUCAAUGGAGUAUACACUAAAGUAAUGCCAGCAAGGAGAGGGAUUAGACAGGGUGAUCCUCUUUCCCCCAUGCUUUUUAGGGGAGUUCAGAUCUGUGGAGAUGAUGCUAGCAGUGCUACAGAAAUUUUUGUGUCAACUGGUCUGAUUGUGAACCCCAGAAAGUGCAGAGUAUACUUUGGAGGAGUGGAUAAUGACACUAGAAACAGAAUUCUGGAGCUUACUACUUUCCAAGAAGGGGAUUUACCAUUCAGGUAUCUAGGAAUUCCUAUGACUAGCAAGAGACUCGAGAUUCACCAAUAUAUGCCCCUAGAUGACAAAAUUGUUGCUAGAAUUACUCAUUGGAGUAGUAGACUGCUGAGCUAUGCUGGGAAAAUACAACUAGUUAAGAGAGGUGCUACAAUAAAGAAGAAAAGUCCUGUUGCUUGGAAGAGUGUUUGCAAGCCUAGAAAAUAUGGUGGACUGAACAUUAUUGAUUUGCAGAUUUGGAACAACAUUGCCAUGCUGAAGCUUCUCUAG